AUUGGAUCCAAAAUUGGGGGUUUUGCAAAUCUUCAUCAAAUCUUGCAAUUGAGGGGUCCUUGGAGGUCGCCCGGAUGCCACGACCGCAUUGGCGUUGGUUCCCGCCGUCAAUUUCGCCGGAGUUGGCCGGAAAACGCUCCGACCCGCCGGCGGUUUCACAAGUUAAGAUUCAGGCUAGAUCAUGGCCGGAAGAACAUUUCAACCCGGAGUUGCCGAAGGACAAUCCACGACAAGGCCACCACUCUUCGACGGCACAAAUUAUGCUUAUUGGAAAGAGAGGAUGAGAAUAUUCAUCCAAUCAAAUGAUUAUGAUUCUUGGUUGGUGAUCAAGCAUGGAGAGACGGUUCCCACGAAGAUUGUUGACGGGGUUCUUGUUCCAAAGUUAGAGACCGAAUAUACCUCAAAUGACAAGAAGAAGAUGCAACUAAAUGCAAGGGCCAUCAACUUUCUAUAUUGUGCCGUGAACCCGGAUGACUAUCGGAAAAUCUCAAGGUGCAAGAUGGCCAAUGAGAUGUGGAAGAAAUUAGAGGUCACAUAUGAAGGAACAAGUCAAGUGAAGGACUCAAAGAUCGACUUACUCACCCAUGAGUAUGAGCUUUUCAUGAUGAUGGAAAAUGAAACAAUAGAUGGCAUGUUCGAGAGAUUUUAACCUAUCGUCUCAAAUUUGGAUACACUUGGGAAGCAUUAUGAGGAUCAUGUUCUCGUUCGAAAAAUCCUUCGAAGUCUCACACCGGAAUGGAAGUCUACGGUCAAUCCUAUCAAAGAAGGCCGAGAUUACAAUACAUUGACAUAUGACGCACUUCGAGGUAAACUACUCACUUAUGAAAUGUCUAACUUUUCUAGUGCAGCAGAGAUCAAAAGGGAUCAAAAUCUAUCAUUCAAAGGAGUUGCACUCAAAGCUUCAUCGUCAAAAUAUGUCGAGACAAGCGGCUCUGGAGAAAGUGACAUUCUCGAGUUAUUUAAUGACUUCUUGCAAAAUGAGCUUGAGCAAUUAAAUGAGAGUACAAAGU